AUGCUUGACAAACUCAAGCCCGUUCAGUUCGAAUCGGUAAUGGCGAUCAGCAAGACCGUGGAGUGGCUGCGGGAGCACCUCGAGACGCGCAAAGACUGCCUAUUGGUAAUGGACUGCAGAGCGCAGGAGCUAUACGAGUCCUCGCACGUUGAAACAGCGAUAAACGUGGCCAUCCCGAGCCUGAUGCUCCGGCGUCUGAAGAAGGGCAAUCUUUCCAUCAAGUCCUUGCUCUCAAACGGCGAGGACCGGGAGAGAUUUGCGCGGAGGUGCAAGACUGAUACCAUUGUGCUGUAUGACGAGUACAGCAGGGAAUGGAACGAAAAUGUCGACGGGGGCUCGGUGCUGGGCUUGCUCCUGAAGAGGAUGAAAGACGAGGGCUACAAGGCUUUUUACCUUGAGGGUGAGUUUGGUUAUUUUUUCCAGAAGCACACAUUUUCCACUAAGAUGUAGGUCUAAUUUGGUGAAUAAUAAUGAAUAAGUGGAUAUUUUGGAUGCAUUUUGCGCAAAAACGCAUAGGAUAAUGCAAGUGUAUUAGGUCACAACAUCGUGUAGCCUAGGCCUGUUUUUAUCAAUGGAUCUGUCUAACAAUAUUAUUUAAUUAAUCUUACAGGUGGUUUCAGCAAAUUCCAAGCCGAGUUCCCUGCCCAGUGCGAGACCAAUCUGGACGGCUCUUUCAACAGUAGUUCUCCCACGGCCCAGGUGCUCGGCCUCGGGGGGCUGCGGAUAAGCUCAGACUCCUCGGAUAUCGAGUCCGACAUCGACCGAGAUCCGAGCAGCGCCACAGACUCAGACGGAAGUCCACUCUCCAACCCUCAGCCCUCCUUCCCAGUGGAGAUCCUCCCUCACCUAUACCUGGGUUGCGCCAAGGAUUCCACCAACCUGGACAUUCUGGAAGAGUUUGGCAUCAAGUACAUUCUGAACGUGACUCCCAACCUGCCCAACAUGUUCGAGAAUGCAGGGGAAUUCAAGUACAAGCAGAUCCCCAUCUCGGAUCACUGGAGCCAGAAUCUGUCACAGUUCUUCCCGGAGGCCAUUGGCUUCAUAGGUAAGCACAAUAACUUCUAUUCAAGCACACUGAUGGCUCUCCUAUUAUAUUUUACACACAACAGUUGUUUUUAAGGCACAGGGUUAAUAUAUAAAGCAGGCUUAUUUUACAGCACCACAUGAAUUGGGGGUAAUAAAUGUAGUUGUUGCAUAUUUACGCCUAUAUAACAAUGAUUGGCCUAACAUUAUAGUCAUUUAGCAGACGGUCUUAUCCAGAGCGACUUACAGUUAGUGAGUGCAUACAUUUUCAUACUGGCCCCCCGUGGGAAACGAACCCACAACCCUGGCAUUGCAAGCACCAUGCUCUACCAACUGAGCUACAGGGGACUACAAGUGAAAGAAAGCCACAGGCCCACAGUACAGGCAUUUUAUUAGUAAGAUAUCUUCAUAUCACCAGGAAGUUAUUUAGUUCUUAUUGUGCAAUUUGGAUUAUAGGUGUCCUGGGGUACUUUCUUAUCAAGUCAGUCAAGAAGGGAAAUACAGAGGGAACAAGAUUAAUGCCAUUAUGCCAAGCAGAGAAAUACUACUUCUAUGGUCCUAACUAUAAACUACUCCUGAUUACAAUGAUUCAACUUCAAUGGAAUACUUCCCAUGUCUGCUUUCUUGUCUGCAGCCGGACCUAGCUUACCACAGGCUUGAGUAAUUGUAAUACAAAGGCCUGUGUGGAAAUUGGAGAGGGGGCGAAAGAGUGGGGGGGGGUAAUUUGAACACAACAGGAAGGAAACGGCCAUUGAAAGUAAUCUAGGACAGUGCAUCGAUGUUUUCCCUUCACAAAGAGAGCCAUUUACAGGCUCUGUUGACAUCCUGUUAGCCCUGACAGGGUGCCCUCAUGACUCCUACGUUUACACGCCCAAAUGGCACCAUUGUCAAGUAACCCGGGCAGGCUGAAGAAUGACUUGAUAGAUCGUUAAUAGUCCAUUUCCAAGUCGUGGUACUCCUGGCCAAAUUAAAGAAUGUCGGCUCUGUUUGUGCGCAGAGUACCAGACUGCAGCCGUUUGUUGAUUGAUGUGUGUGCGUCAAUCAACAUUUCAGACUUCUGCUGCUUAACUGUGGAACUGGUCCAGUCGAUGUUGACUACAACCGAUAGAGCAUUAACUGUACUGUAGAUACUACUACUUGAAUGUGACUGUCGUUUUGUCACAACAGGCACUGUUUUGUCUGGUUGCCCUUACACUAAUCCUUGCACAGUAGGCAUGUCUCAUUUUCAGAAUAUGUAUAUGUUCAGAGCAAUUGUGUUUGUGUCCUGUGUUUUCAAAUUAUGAAUAUCUGACAAAAGUCUGUAACUUGUUCUUCCUCUUUGUUCCUGUCCUUCUCAGAUGAGGCUCGCGGUCAAAAAUGCGGUGUCCUGGUCCACUGUCUGGCCGGCAUCAGCCGCUCGGUGACAGUCACCGUAGCCUACCUCAUGCAGAAGCUCAACCUGUCCAUGAACGACGCCUACGACAUCGUCAAGAUGAAGAAGUCCAACAUCUCGCCCAACUUCAACUUCAUGGGCCAGCUCCUGGACUUUGAGCGCACCCUGGGCCUGAAGAGCCCCUGCGAUAACCGGGUUGGUGACCCCCACACAACCUCUGUACUUCACCACCCCCACCAACCACAACGUCUUCCAGCUGGACCCUCUGGAGUCCACGUGAGGCAGCGCCACCAUCACCCCCUUACUGGCUCGGAGGUGUAA